GUGGAGAAGCAAGCAAGCGAGAGAGAGAGAGAGAGAGAGAGAGCAAGCAGUGAAAGUGAGAGUGAGAGCAUGAGAGUCUCGCAAGUGGCGGCAACUUUUCCACUGAAUUGAUUUAAAAGGCAACGUGGCGUGUCAGCAGAGAGUGUAACGCGGCAUUGCGUCUACAGUCGCGACGAGGUCACAGGAUACGGUGUAGAUAGCAGCAGCAGCAGCAGCAUCAAUUUGCAUAAUUUUCAGCUGUCGUGUGACUGUCCUGUCCCUUGUCCGUGUCGGUGUCCGUGUCCUCUCCUGUCAGCCAUUGACAUUAACAACAAAUUGCAGCAGCGAAAAAGCAGUGACCAUAAAAAGGCGCCGGCAACAACAACAACAACAACAAUAAUAACAGCAAAAAUAAAUAUCAAAUAAAAUAACUGAGGCAGAGCAAUGCGCAGCUCGCAAUAGCAAAACUAAUUUAGCGGCAGCAGCAGCGGCAGCUUCUAUCGAACGCCAGCGAACGAAACGCUACAAUAACAACACCCACCAGCAAGGAUCGCUAUCGGUUGCCUAUAAAUGUACCAGGACAGCGGCUGCAACAGCAGUACUCGACGAGGCAGUGCAGCAGCCGCAGCAGCAGCAGCAUUGACAGCAGCAGAGGCGGCAGCAGUGGAGGCAGCUGCGGAAAAGUUGUUGGCGGCAGCAACACCGAGCGACGAGGAAUUGCUGCAGGCGUUGACAAUAAUUACAACAACAACGAUAACGACGACAGCAUCAGCAGCAGCUGCGACGGCGGAUAUUGGCGUCGCCGAGACAACAACAACAACGACAACAGUUAUAACAGCAGCAGCCGCUGGCAGCAGCAACACAGUAACAACACCAACAGCAGCAGCAACAGCCACACAAGUCACACCCAAAGCACUACCCAGUGCUCACGCCAACACCUUUAGCAACAGCAGCACACGCAACAGCAGCAACAGCAGCGACGACGACAUCUACACCGACGCCAACUUUGAUAUUGAUUGCAUUGCCAGCGGCAGCGCCAACGUCCACCCAACUAGUAUCAGUCGCAGCAACAGCUGCGGAAAUGCAGCAGCGUUCCACCAGCAACCAAACGAGCAGCAGCAGCAACAGGCUCAGCGGCUUAGCGCUUUAAACGCCGAUGUGCGUCUGCUUCGCACCAUUGGCUACAUUGCAUCGAGAGUGCGCUGCCUGGCCAAAUACUACGGCGACUUUCAUUUACACAAUCCGUACAGUGCGCGACGGCAGCGACGGCAGCUGCAAGAGAUAUUGCUAAAGCAUUCGAUCUUCGAUCCGGGCCGUGAGCGCGAGCGUGCUUUGCUGCUGGCCGCAGCGGCGGUUGCUGUGGGCGCGGCAGCAACACUAACGACGACAACACUAACAACAACAGUCACACGCAGUCAGAGCUGCGGCAGCAAUCUUGGCAUUGCCAGUUGUGUGGAGCAGCCCAUCGAUCAGCAGCAGCAGCAUCGGCAAGUUUUAUUGCUCAACGUUGACUCCGACGACGAGGAGCAGCAGCAGGUGCAGGAGGAGGAAUUGGAAUUGCUAAUUGCCAUCACAACAGCAACAGCAGCAACAACAACAGCAACCACUACUAACACAGCAGCAACCAUUGUGCGACGCAACAAGUCGUCGAAUAGCUCGGCAAGCGUUUCAGCAAUUGCAUCGGCCGAAGCAUCUGGCUCCGGCUCUGGCUCCGGCUUAAGCUCAAGCAGCGAUUCAUUGGCUAUAGCUGCCACGCCCAUUGCGCUAUUGGAGGAGCUGCUGAUACAGUUCUACGAGGAUCAGGAUCAGGAGCAAAAUAGCAGUAAGCUCACAGUCAUACGCCAACAGCUGGCAGCACGCAGCGAUAAUUUGAACAACAACAACAACGGCAGGGGCAGUGGCAGCAACAACAAUAACAACAACAACAUACAAGAAGAAGAAAACGGCAGCAGCCGCAGCGCAAGUACCCACAGCCUAACUAUGUCGGCAUCCCAUUCGAACAACAUGGUGGAGACAACAACUGUUGCCACAACCACAACGACAGCAACAGCAACCAUUGCUGUCGAUGCGCCCAGCAGCAGCAGCAGCCGCGCCUUUCUGCUGCAGCCAGCUCAAGAUCCGGACACUCCGCGACGUCGUCGCGCCAGCGAUUGCUCAGCCGUUCAGGCAGCCAAUCAGCAGCUGCACAUCACGCUCAAGAACAACAACUGCGCCAACAAGUUGCAUCGCGGCAGCUGCGGCGGCGCCGGCGAGCAUCUGCUUGCCGCCAAUUCGAUUGCCAAUCGCGCCACCAUCAUUUUAAGCAAGUCAUGCAGCAAUGUCGACGGCGAUGCCACCGCCAGUCUCAAUCUAAGCCUCAGCUCCGAUGCUGGCGGCGUGGCUGGGCUCAAUCUGCAGCUGCGCGCCAGCGCCACUGAUCUUGAAAGCAACUCCAACGGCGGCGGCGGCGGCGGAGCAGCAGCAGCAGCACUCAAUGGAGCACGCGAGGCAAUCACUUCAAUUGCUGCUGCGGCCUCCAAUGGCAAUGGCAACAACGAGUACAGCAUCUUACAGCUCAACAACACGAUCAUUCAGUGUCACUUCAACGACGAUGAUUUCCGAGCCCUCGUCAAGGAUCUCAAGCGCAAGGUUGAGUACACAGAGCGUAUGAAUUGGCUAUGCCUCUCCAAUCGACCUUUGGGGCCGCCACAUCGCAAAAGCAGUUUACCAAAGCAUCAGGAGGUGAAGCGUCGUUUCCUGGAAAUUUGUGAUACCAACUUUUCAGAUGAGGUCAAGUCGGCGCUGCGUCUGCCCGCCUUCGAUUCGUACGAGUGGGGCGACGCCGAUGUCAUCCACCUAAUGCAGACCAUGUUCCUCGAGCUCGGAUUCAUUGAGAAGUUUAGCAUUCCCGUCGAAACGCUCCGCGAGUGGCUCUAUGAGGUCUACAAACACUACAAUGAGGUGCCAUUUCACAAUUUUCGCCACUGCUUCUGUGUGGCCCAAAUGAUGUACGCAAUUACACGUCAAGCGAAUUUACUACACCGUCUGGGUGAUCUAGAGUGUCUGAUCCUCUUGGUGUCCUGCAUCUGUCAUGAUCUUGAUCAUCCUGGCUACAAUAAUAUCUAUCAGAUUAACGCACGCACCGAGCUAGCCCUGCGUUACAAUGACAUCUCGCCGUUGGAGAAUCAUCAUUGCUCGAUUGCAUUCCGCCUAUUGGAGCAUCCGGAGUGCAAUAUAUUUAAGAACUUUGGCCGCGAAACAUUCAACACCAUACGCGAGGGAAUCAUACGCUGCAUCCUGGCCACCGACAUGGCGCGUCACAAUGAGAUACUUACCCAAUUUAUUGAGAUCACGCCCGUGUUCGAUUACAACAAUCGAGCCCACAUCAAUUUGCUCUGCAUGAUACUCAUCAAGGUGGCGGACAUAUCGAACGAGGCACGACCCAUGGAUGUGGCCGAGCCGUGGCUGGAUCGUCUAUUGCAAGAGUUUUUUGCGCAGAGCGCCGCCGAGAAGUCCGAGGGAUUGCCGGUGACUCCGUUCAUGGAUCCGGACAAGGUCAGCAAGCCGGGAUCGCAGGUGCGUUUCAUAGGUCUGGUGCUCUUGCCGCUCUUCGAGGCGCUCGGCGAGCUGGUGCCCGAGCUGACCGAGCUGAUCAUCAUUCCAGUGCGCAUAGCACUCGAGUACUACAGGCGGCUGAAUGAUGCGCAAACCAAGACACGCAAAUCCGUAGCGGACUCGGCUACAUCGGAUAGCAACAGCGGCAACAUGGACUCCAAUGCUGCGCUCAUUGGCACAUCGAUGCAAUCGACUUCGGCUGCUGCUGCUGCGGGUGGCGGUGGCGCCAGUUGCUCGGCUGGUGGCUCUGGUGGCUCUGGCGGCGCUGGUGCUGCUGGUGGUGGCUCGCCGCAAAUGCCGCGCUCCGGCUCCGGCAUUAGCGUCAAGUCGCGACGCAGCGCACCAACGCAGAAGAGCGCCUCGCGCACCUCCAUGGACGAGCCGAGUGGCAUGGCCGCGGAGCUGCAUGAUCUGCCCGAGGGCAGCGAGAGCGGUGACUCCGAAACCGCCACCGAAGUGGACGUGGCCGAGAAGACAUCCAAGUUCAAGGUGGACACCGAGGGCUGCAGCAAUCGCAGCAAGUCCUCGCACUCGAACUCGCGCAAAUCGUCGCGCGAGAAGCGCCCCUCAAUGAUUGGCGAGCUGUGCAGCAGCGGCGGCGGUCAGCGCAUACGCAACUCGUAUGGCAACAUCCAUGGACAUGGUCAUCCCAAUCGCUGUCACUUUGGCAGCAAUCGCGCCGUCAGUCUCGAUCAGUACAGCAGCAACAAUCGCCGCCUGUCCGACGGCCUGCCCCAGGUCAUCUCCGACUCGAAUGUCUUCUAUGGGCGUGGCCAUGGACAUGGCGCCGGCGCCGGCGGCUCGCGUCAGCACGAGGAUCACAAUAUGAACACAAGCAACAGCAACUCGAACUCGAAUUCGAACAGCGCCAGCUUUACCGUUAUACAGCAGCAGCCAAUGCAGCUGGCUGCUCAUCCAGUGGCGCAACUGAUGCUUCAGCAGCAGCAGCAGCAGCAGCCGCAAGUUGUCGUUGCUGCCACCACCAAUGGCAAUGUGUCGCCCACGCUGACGCUCACCCAGCUGCAGUCACAAAUGUCGCAGCCCGCAAGCAAUGGCAGCGCUCGCAGCAGCGCAGGCACAGUAAGCGUCGCAGCGGCGGCAGCAGCAGCAGCAAAUGUUGCCAGCGGCAGCGGUGGCGGCGGCUGGAAGUCGCGCUUGCGUCAAUUCUCCGACUACUUCAGCUUCAGCUUUGACAAGAACAACAAACGCUUCGGCAGCACACGCAGCAGCCCGUGCAGUCAACGCGGUGGCAACAACAAUGGCGGCCAGGCUGGCCAAGCUGAGACCAGCGCUCAGGCUUUGGCGCAGGCGCAGCCAGUGGGGGCGUCGGCGGCGACGGCUCCUUGCUGCACCAUAUCGAAUAACAUGCAGUCCGGAUCCGCAUCGGGCGGCGGCCAGUCGGUGUCGCGUCAUCGCGCCUACAGCUUGGAUGUGCCAUGCGCUCGCCAUGCCGCCACGCGCUACUCCAGCGGCGACUCGAGCAGCCGCAGCCACACCCAGCACAGCAACCACGAUAGCUACAGCAACAGCAGCACUGGCGGUGGCAACGGCGCCAGCGUCGGCGGCGGCGGCGGCGGCGUCGCAGAUCUCAGCGGGAUACGCAUACGCGUGGCCGAGGCCGCCGGCAUUGGCAUGAGCGGUGUGACUACCGCCAUGCUGCAGGAGGAGCGCGCCCGUCUGGCGCCGAGCGUCAGCUGCGAACUGGGCCUGGCCAGUGUCUCGUCGUCGGAGGCGGUGCCAAAGAUUUGACAACAGGGGAGCAGCGAUACCAGCAACAACACCAACACCAACAACUCGCUCUGCAAUCAGGUGUCGGCCUUUUUGGCCAGCGAGCUAAUCGUUGAUGAUCAUCAACAUCAUCAUCAUCAUCAUCAUCAUCAUGGUGCUGCUGCUGGCGUUCGCGGCGUUGGCGUUGGCGAGUGCGCCGCCGACGAUGGCUGCGACUUGGACGGAGCCAGCGAGACGGACGCGCUGCAGCAGGACAGCAGCAGCUGCGAGGUCUCCUCCAUAUCGAUGACGGUCUGGUCGGCCAUCGGCCAUAGGCUCAAUGCGCUCGUCUGCAACUGCUGCGAGCGCAAGUUGCCCGAGCCGGAGAAUGUCUAAGCGGACGACGCCAAUUUCAGUUUCUGUUACAAUUUCAAUUAAGUUCUUUACUCUUUUUUUUUUUUGGAUAUUCACUUAAGCUAAUAAUCUAAUACUUUUUUUUUUUUGUUGUCUAUUAAAUUAAAUUACGACCGAACCGACGAACGGACGGACUGACGGACAGACGUACAUGUUGCAUAAAUAAUUGCAGUUGUUGCAUUUUUUGAUAGCACAGUUUGCGGCUGCUGCUGCGUUGCGUGUUUAUGCCACAUGUGGCAUGUGGCAGCAGCAACAACUGCAAUUACUAAUUAGCGACACUGAUUAGCCAGAAAUGAAUGUCGCCAUGCAUCAUCUCAUGCUUGGCAUCGCUCCCAGCUCUCAACCGACGACCACAAGGCAACAGCAGCAACAGCAGCAGCAGCAACAGCAGCCAACCUGGACAUGAACAUGAACAUGGCACGCUCAUUAUGGCAUUAGCCCAAGUCAAGCAUGCAAACCCGCGAAACACCCCCCCACUCCACCCCACCCAACGCGCUCAUCCAUCGAAUCCACGCCCGUUGGCAAUGGCAACAUGCCGCACUCAUCGUGGCCGUGGCCGUAGCCGUGGCAAGUGAUGCGUAUGUGGCAUGGUCUACGCUCUUGCGUUUAAUUACGCAAAACAAAUUUUUGCAUUUUGCAUACGCGCAUCGCUCGUUCGCUCUGCUCCGUCGGCAAUCGAAGCAUCCACAGCGCGCAGUCACCAUUUCAAAUUGCAAUUGCAAUUGCUAUUGCAAUCACAGCGCAGCCAAUUGCUGUUGCGUGCCACACACACAGACACAGACACAGACGCACACACACACACACACACACGUGUGCAGCCAUGUCCACCUAAUUCCAUUUGCUUGUAGCAAAGCUAUUGCUUUUUUUCAUUUUCCAUUUUUUUCGGUGUGUGUUGGUUGGCGAGGGACUUGCCACAUGGGCAUAUUGGUUUAUUGCAGGCAUUCGCCUGAUGCACGUUAUUGAAAGCCAUUGUGUGUGUGUGUGUGUGUGUGUGUGUGUGUGUGUGUGUGUGUGUGUGUGUGGCUGAAUGCUUGUGGCACACAAUUAAAUGGCCGCGAGUGUGGCGCACGCAUUAAUCGAACUGCAAGCAGCAGCAGCUGCUGCUGUUCUGGCUGUGGCCGUGGCCGUGGCCGUCGCUGCGGCUGUUGCACAAUGACAGAUGAAAUAUACAAAAAAAAAAAAAAAAAAAAAAAAAAACAAAAACCAAAACGAAAACCAAAACUCAGCUCAAAAUUGUUUUUUUUUUAUUGUGAAAUUGCAGCUUUACUAAAAAAGCAGUGCAUACUUUUUGGCGCAAUUGGUAGCAACGCUCCCAAAGUACGCCCACACCACGCCCACAAUGACAACAGCAACCUGUGUAUAUUGCUGUUGUUGUUGUUUGCAAACUGCACAUGACUUAAGCAACUGCUGCAGCUGGGCGCUGGCCAAGAGGUCAAGGGGGCGUAUGCGUUAUAUUUCUAAAUGCAAAUGUUAAUUGAAAUGGGCAAAGCAAAGCUCAAACACAUUUACCAC